CUUAUGGCUCCCGCGUCCCCGCGGCCGCUGCCAUGUAUCCCGCAGGUUCCCCGGCCGGCCCGGCCCCGCGCCGCGGCCGCCACCCCCCGCCCGGACGCCCCGCGCCGCCGCCGCGGAACUCCGCGCCCGCCGCGGCCCCUGCCGCGCGACCCCGCGUGGCCAUGAAGAUGGCCUUCCGCAAGGCCUACUCCAUCAAGGACAAGCUGCAGGCCAUCGAGCGCGUCAAGGGCGGUGAGCGGCAGGCCAGCGUGUGCCGCGACUUCGGCGUGCCCGGCGGCACGCUGCGCGGCUGGCUCAAGGACGAGCCGAAGUUGCGCUGGUUCCUGGAGCAGCUGGGCGGAGAGGUGGGCACGCAGCGCAAGAAGAUGAGGCUGGCCAACGAGGAGGAGAUCGAUCGCGCCGUGUACUCGUGGUUCCUGGCGCUGCGCCAGCACGGCGUGCCGCUGUCGGGGCCGCUCAUCCAGGCGCAGGCCGAGGCCUUCGCGCGCCAGAUCUACGGCCCCGAGUGCACCUUCAAGGCCAGCCACGGCUGGUUCUGGCGUUGGCAGAAGCGUCACGGCAUCUCCAGCCAGCGCAUCUACGGCGAGGCCGAGCCCCCGGCCGUCGGCCCCGCGCCCGGCCCACCGAUCAAGCAGGAGUCCACACAGCCCCCUGGCGUCGGCCCCCUGCCCAGCCGCGUCCCAGCCCCGCCGCCCGCCGUGGAGGGCGGCUAUGGUGACGAGCAGAUCUACAACGCCAAUGUUACCGGCCUCUACUGGAAGCUGCUUCCGGAGCAAGCUGCACCCCUGGGCGCUGGGGGCUGCAGCCGUCGCUGGCGGGGUGACCGGGUGACGGUGCUACUGGCCGCUAAUCUGACUGGCAGCCACAAACUGAAGCCGCUGGUCAUCGGGCAGCUGCCAGACCCGCCCAGUCUGCGCCACCACAACCAGGACAAGUUCCCAGCCUCAUACCGCUACAGCCCAGACGCUUGGCUCAGUCGCCCUCUGCUGCGGGGCUGGUUCUUCGAGGAGUUCGUCCCGGGCGUCAGGCGCUACCUGCGCCGCAGCUGCCUGCAACAGCGGGCCGUACUGCUGGUUGCACACCCGCCCUGCCCGAGCCGGGCCGCCAGGUUGCCCACGUUGGAGGAGAGCGAGGAGACCCCCAAGCGGUUCUGGCCCGAGCCCCUCAGUCCCCCGGAGGAGCUGCAGACCCCUGACGGGGCCGUGCGGGUGCUAUUCCUGUCCAAGGGCAGCAGCCGAGCGCACAUCCCUGCCCCGCUGGAGCAGGGGGUGGUGGCUGCCUUCAAGCAGCUGUACAAGCGGGAGCUGCUGCGGCUGGCGGUAUCCUGCGCGGGCGGCUCCCCACUGGACUUCAUGCGCAGCUUCAUGCUCAAGGACAUGCUCUACCUGGCUGGCCUGUCCUGGGAUCUGGUGCAGGCGGGCAGCAUCGAGCGCUGCUGGCUGCUGGGCUUACGGGCGGCCUUCGAGCCUCGGCCAGAGGAGGAGUGUGCUGGGCAGCAUGCUGGCCAGGCGGAGGAGGCGGCUGAGCACAGCAGGGUGCUCAGUGACCUCACACACCUGGCAGCCCUGGCCUACAAGCGCCUUGCGCCGGAGGAGGUGGCCGAGUGGCUGCACCUGGACGACGAUGGGGGGCUGCCCGAGGGCUGCAGAGAGGAGACCGGCCCUGGCCGGCCACCAGUGCUGGCUUCUGUGGCCCCUCCACUCCCAGUCAGCCUAUCCUCUGUCAUGGAGAGUGGGGAGGAGGAGGAAGAGGCUGCUGUGCCCACCGCUGGGGAGGCUGUUCAGGGUCUGGAGACAGCUCUGCGGUGGCUGGAGAGCCAGGACCCCCAGGAGGUGGGGCCACUGAAGCUGGUGCAGCUGCGCUCACUGAUCAGCAUGGCCCGGAGACUGGGGGGCAUCGGGCCCUCGCCUGCAGCCCCUGAUGAUGGGGUGUGACCAAACCAGCCCUGUUGGCCCCCCAGGGGCCUUUGUCCUGCUGCACCUGGAGGGAGUCUCCCCUUUGCCCUCCUCCCCUCCCCUGGGGUCACCCUCCCAAGGCUAGGGGUUACAGGGAUGCCAGCUCAGCCUGGCUUGGAGGAGCUCUGUUGGUGAAGGGUCAUCCUGCUCCAGUGGUACCCCAGGCUCCCUCCCGGGGCGGGGAUGGGGGUGGCUGGAAGAGAGGCCCUGGGCUCAUGCUCCUCCUCCCUGGGCAAGCACAUGGGGUCUGUGGCCUCAGCCUGGGCCCCUGCCGCACAUGCCUGACUCUCACACACUCCACAGCACUUACCAGCUCCCGGGCCCCACAGGACUGAGGCCUCCAGCCCACCCUCUUCCUGCCCAGUGCCCUGUUCACCCCAAGUCCUGGUGCUGCGUGGUUCUCGUGCCACCUGACCUCGGUGGGGAAGCACACCCCCGGGGUUCUGUUUCUAUUGCAUUACGUCCAUUUUUACAGAUAC